CGAAGAUCUGGUGUCGCCGGCUCAGGGACAGGCACAUGCCAAGCGGCCGGGAAGCCGCCCACUUCUCAGCAGAUCUCGUGCAAGUCUAAGCGUCGGUUCCAGGCGGCUCUCGGCGCUCGGAGCUCCGCGCCUGAACAGCCCCCCUCUCAGGCGCAGCCGGAAGGCGACGGUGGCAAGAUUCCCCCGGGGCCCAGGCAGCAGCGGCGGCAGCAGAGCCAUUCUUCACUGACUUUGUAGUCAGAACUUGGCACUGCACUCUUACCCAGGAAAGGAGUCUUGUCUCUUGGGAACCCAGCACUGGGGACACGAGAAUUUUUCCAAGGAUGAUCUCCAAUUCAGAGCUGAGGAAGGUUUUCUGUUCUGCCGAUGCAGUAUGUUUUGACGUCGAUAGCACAGUUAUCAGAGAAGAAGGAAUUGAUGAGCUGGCCAAAUUCUGCGGAGUUGAGGAUGCUGUGUCAGAAAUGACCCGGCGAGCCAUGGGUGGGGCGGUGCCUUUCAAAGCGGCUCUCACAGAGCGCCUAGCAUUGAUCCAACCCUCCAGGGAGCAGGUGCAAAGGCUUCUGGCAGAGCACCCCCCACACCUAACCCCCGGCAUAAGAGAGCUGGUCAGUCGCCUGCAAGAGCGAAGUGUUCAGGUGUUCCUGAUUUCCGGUGGCUUUCGGAGCAUCGUGGAGCACGUUGCCUCGAAGCUCAAUAUCCCAGCCUCCAAUGUAUUUGCCAACAGGCUGAAAUUCUACUUCAACGGCGAAUACGCAGGUUUUGAUGAGACGCAGCCAACAGCUGAAUCUGGCGGUAAAGGAAAAGUGAUCAAGUUUCUAAAGGAAAAAUUUCAUUUUAAGAGAAUAGUCAUGAUUGGAGAUGGAGCUACAGACAUGGAAGCCUGUCCUCCUGCUGAUGUUUUCAUUGGGUUUGGAGGAAAUGUGAUCAGGCAACAAGUCAAGGACAACGCGGAAUGGUACAUCACUGAUUUCGUGGAGCUCUUGAGAGAACUGGAAGAAUAGCAAUACCUUUGAUGUGAAUUCAGAUUAAUUUCUCGAAGCUACACAGAUUGACACCGUUUGCUUCCAAAUGCCUGUGACAACUCAAUACGUGCAGUUGGUUACUUUCA